AUGGCCUUGCAAGCUCACUGUCGAAGACGACACAGAGUGGAUAUCCUCAAUGCUAUUGAGGAGGUGAUUCAUGUGCAGAAGCAAAAGGGUAUUUUGAGUGGUGACGACGUGUUUCUGUGGAGGCGCCGUAAUGACAGAUUCAGCCAGCGAUUUAGCUCCAAAGACACGCUCUCCCUUAUCAGGACAGCGCACCCCACCUGCGAUUGGGCGAAGGGAAUUUGGACAGAUUCAUGUGUUUUCUGUAAAGCGCAAAUGGAGACUCGAAACCACCUUUUCUUUGAAUGCGUUUUCACGGAGAAGGUAUGGAGCAGUCUAACUCGGAAACUUAUGGCCCCUCACUACACAAACAACUGGGACGAGAUCAUUGAUCAACUUCAUCACGCUCAGCGGGAGUUCAUUAUGCAGUGGUUAAUCCGAUAUGUUUUCCAGACUACUCUAUACACAAUAUGGAGGGAGAGGAAUAACAGAAGACAUGGCGAGCAAGCUAACUCGGACAAGCAGAUUAUACAGAGUGUUGAUAAGCAGAUUCGAAAUAGACUCACAUCUAUUCGAGUACUGGGUGAUGCUCGAUAUGAGGGAGGAAUGGAGAAGUGGUUCUCAACCAGAUAA